AUGAUUAUUUUCUUGUAUAUCUGCUCUCUGGUAUCCCUGAUUUCAGCUUCUACGGUGGUAGACCUGGGAUAUGCUAGCUAUGAAGGCCGCACACUAUCUAGCGGAGUCACACAGUGGCUUGGUAUGCGGUUCGCUGCUCCUCCUAUAGGAGAACUGCGGUUUGCUGCUCCACAAGACCCUUUGUCUGUCAAAGGAAUCCAGCAAGCAAUUGAGCAUGGAAGUAUAUGCAUACCCACGGCAGGAAGUGAAGGUCGGGCAGUCCCAGCAGGAACUUCAGAGGACUGCCUGGGAGGCUUCGCGGGAAAUGCAAAUGCCAACUACAAUGGCACUGGGUUGAUCAAUGCAUCCGGAAACAAUAUGGUGGUGGUUACUUUUAACUAUCGGGUUGGUCCCUACGGGUUUCUUGCUGGGAAAGAGGUUGAAAAGGGAGCGAGUCUAAACAAUGGUCUGAAAGACCAACGCAAAGCAUUGAAGUGGGUUCAGAAGCAUAUCAGCAAGUUUGGUGGAGACCCUAAGCAUGUUGUCAUCGGUGGUGAUAGUGCAGGUGCUGCCUCAAUAACUCUCAUGCUCUCGGCAUAUGGUGGCAGAGAUGACGGCCUGUUUGUUGCAGCGGCAGCAGAAUCACAAAGCUUUGGGCAUAUGCUCAACGUCUCCGAAAGUCAAUUUGCAUACGACGCACUGGCAAUUGCGGCUGCGUGUGACAGUAGUCAAAAUACCCUGGCAUGUCUGCGCAACCUCGAUGUCAAUGCUUUGCAGCAGAAGAAUGUCAAUAGACCCUACCCGGGAGCAAAAGGCAAGCCCUUGUUCCAGUACGGUCCCACAAUUGACGAGGACCUGGUGGUAGACUACACGUAUCGCCUCUUCCACGAAGGCAAAUUCAUCAAGGUACCAGUGAUAUUUGGCGAUGACACCAAUGAAGGCACGACCUUCGUUCCCAAGAGUACUGCCAGUGUCGACGCGGCAGAUACAUUUAUUCGGAAUCAAUUCCCAUCAAUAAAACAAGCCCAUAUCUCCAGGAUUAACAGCAUAUAUCUGACUGAAAACCAGACGGAGGAAUUCCCUGGCACUGGGCCCUACUGGCGACCGGCAAGCACGGCGUAUGGUGAAAUGCGCUACGUCUGUCCCGGAAUUGACAUGUCCUCUGUCUAUGCAGCGGCAGGCGUCCCAAGCUGGAACUACCACUAUGCAGUUCAGGAUCCCACGAAUGAGAGCUCGGGGAUGGGCACAUAUCACACCGUCGAAGUGAAUGCGAUCUGGGGUCCGACUAAUACUGGCAACAAUCACGCUCCAGACUCAUACUACACCACCAACGCAGACAUUGUGCCUGUGAUGCAAGGUUACUGGACAAGCUUCAUAACGUCUCUGGAUCCGAACACUAGACGUCUUCCUUCCAGUCCAAAAUGGGAGACUUGGGGUCAAGAUGGUAAAGGAUACCGGCGGAUCUUCAUUCGAACCAACAAGACUAAGAUGGAGACGGUGUCACAGGAACAAAGAAACCGAUGUAAAUAUUUGACUAGCAUUGGGGUUGAUCUGAAGCAGUAG